AUGGCACAGAAACACAAGAGGCGAUCAAGACCAUCAGAUCUAGAGAACUUGCCUCGAACAGAAGAGGUGAUUCACGACUGGGAAAAAUCAGAUGAAGAAUUGGAUUUGGAAGAAACUCUAUUUGGUGCCAGUAAGAAAAAAUCGAAAUCUGCUGCUGCUGGUUUCGCAAUUGACAUUCAAGGAGAUCAAAGUGGAGACGAAGGAGAAGAGGGAGGUUUAAGCGAUCUGGAUGAUAAUGAUUUAUUCACUAUCGAUGCUCCAUUGGCAACAGAUUACGAAAUUGAUCUAGAUGGUUUACCGGAUGAUCAACCUUCGUCAGACGAUGAAGGAUCCGACGCAGAAUCAUCUUCUGCUGGAUCUUCUUCCGGCUCAUCAUCCUUAUCCUCAUCCUCAUCUGCAUCAUCUGUUGCUGGGAAUGAAUUCGUAGCUACUUCAUCAAGAUCAUCUUCACCUUCUUCAGAAUUGGACGGAGAAGGAGAAGAAGUGGAUACCAACAAACCUAGUAUAACGUUGCCCGAUGAUAUAGUCGAUUUUCAAGUUGAAGAAGCUAAAUUAAAAGGAAAGGGAAAACAAUCAGUUUGGAAUGAUCCAGCAGACGAAAUGAUAGGGGUCGAUAUGAGUGAAAAUAGACGUUUGAGGAAAUUGGAUAGAGGCAAAAAAAGAAAGAUUGAAGGUGAAUUAAUUGAUGGUAAAGAAUUACAAGAUAGAUUAAGAGAACAGUUCGAGAGACUUCAUCCUCCUCCUGUAUGGGCAACGAAGCGUACGAUAAUAGGGACACCAUCAUUGUCAUCUUUAUUAACAUCAACGAAAUCAUUCAUUGCACCUUCAAAAGCUUUACCAGGUCAAUCCAGACCGGCUUUACAAACAGGAACGAUCGAUUUACAAAGAAUGAGAAAUGCAAAUCAACAAAAUCCCACUACAGGUAAAAGGGAAGCCGCAAAUGCAGGUGGGGGUAUCGUAGAUUUCGCUUGGCACCCUUCGGAAAAAGUUGGUGUAAUGGCCGUUGCAGGUGGUGAUAGAAGAGUCAGAUUCUUCAAUAUCGACGGACAUACAAAUCCAACUUUAAUGACACUUCAUAUCCCCUCGCUCCCACUAUCACGUUCAACAUUCCAUCCAUCAGGUUCAUCAUUACUCUUAGUUGGAAAUCGACCUUUCUAUUAUACCUAUGAUCUGGCUUCGCAACGAUGUCUCAGAUCACCUAAAAAUUUAUUCGGAUCAAUGGAUACACCUUCUUCACCUAACUCAUUACACAGACAUGCUUUCUCGCCCGACGGAAGUCUAUUAGCUGUUGCCGGUCGAAGAGGUGCCAUUUCGAUACUGGAUUGGUCAAGUUCAGGCUCAGGUGGCGUAGUAGCUGAAUUGAGGUCAGGAAGAGGUGGUACCUCAAUCGAUCUCUUGUGGAGUACAGACGGGAAAGAAUUAAGUGUUCUGGGCGGAAGAGACGGUGCUGAAAUUGAAGUGUGGGAUUUGGCAGAAAGAAGGAUUAAAAGUAAAUGGAGAGAUGAUAGAGCUCUAGGAGGAAAUUUAAUGAAAUCAAGUAGAGAUGGAACGUAUACUGCUAUUGGCUCGUCAACGGGAAUAGUAAACGUAUACAAUUCAUCUUCACUCACUUCUCCCACUGGAUCAUCCAGAGGGUUAAAUGAAUUUUCGCCUGAACCAUUCAAAUCACUCGAACAAUUAACAAUGUCAAUUACAAGUAUGGCAUUCCAUCCUUCGAAUGAGGUUUUGGUAACUGCAAGUGAAGGUAAAAAAGAUUUAUUGAAAAUGUAUCACCUACCAUCAGGAAAUACUUUCUCAAAUUGGCCAACUCCAGCUACGCCAUUAGGUAGAAUAACUUCAAUUGGAUUUUCACCUUCGGGUGAAUAUCUAUCCGUAGGGAAUCAAAGAGGUACUGUCUUGUUAUGGUCUUUGAGGCAUUACGCUUUGUAG